AUGACUUCUGAAACCAACCUACAAUUUGCCCCCACAGGUCCCAUGAUGAACCCUAAUGUAAAUGCGGGCUCCACGUUACCAGGCCAGUCGAACCUACUUUCUGGCUCCUUCUCCUCCAUGUCACAACCGUCUAGUGCCAACCAGCCGCCUUCAUCGGGCUCCAUACUGCAGCAACUGUUUCCCUUGAAAGUCCUUAAUGUUCCAGCUGACUUGUCCGAGAGAGAAGCCCAGCUCAUCUUUGCAUUGGUGCAUGACGAUGUCGCCAGUGUCGAGCUCAAGGAUCAGGUCAUCACCGCCAACUUCAAGACCUUGAACACCUGCAUCACUACCGGAAAGCUUCUUGAGAACAAGCCUAUCUUUGGCUCCAAUCUGCCGCAAGUGAGCGUUGAAUACGACGCCAAUGUGCCCCUCGCAGCCACAACAGGCGCCUUCAACAACAUGAGAUUGUCAAACUCUGGCAUUUCUCCACCAUCCUCGCAUCCUGUUCCACUGGCCGCCCAGCUCCUAUCGGGCUCACAGUCAAGCCAGGGGAAGCGCAAGUCAGUUGGAAACCAAAGAUCUCGAUUCCUCUUUAGUGACCCAUUCUCAGGUACAACUACUCCAACCAACGCCAACCCUCCUGCCGGAUCUAUUGACUUGAGCGAUAUCACUGGCAAGUCCAUACUCAUGAUGGAAUCUCAUAAUGAUGCCAGAGAGUACGAGAACCUUGUUCGUGACCCUUGGUCUUCGCAACCAUCGAAUUCUCUUGGCUUUGGUUCAAACCCUGAAACCCCUGGAAUGAAUGUUCCAAACUCAUUUGAAUGGGGUGUUUCAUCGAACAAUCAACAGCCAUCUCAGCCCUCUCUGGGUCAACUGUCCCAACAACAGGGCCAGUCUUCCCAGCAACUGCAGGCAAACCAGCAGGGAAACCAGGGAAAACAAGCGGGCUCCCAAUCAAAUGCCCCUGCCACACUGUCUUCUGCAGCACCAGGGUCCCUUAAUGGAGAGAGAAGAAGAACUUCAUCCGCAUUUUUUAAUAACGGCUCAGGCUCACAGACUCAAGCUCAGUCUGGAACCCAGCCUCAACCUCAGCAACAGCCCCAGACUGUGGCAGCUAUCUUGUCUCAGGGGCCAACGCAGUCUAAUGGCAAUAAUUUGGCACCAUUAUCGAUCCCAUCUAACUCAAUUAAUAGAAAUGGGCCUCCAUCCGCAUCGUCUGCGUCUGGAGCUCAACAGGCAGGCCCUUCAUCUCAGCCAAACUCAGCAACAACACCAACUAGUGCUGCUAGGUCGUCUACCAAGGACGUUCCUGACUUGUCAUUGUUGGCCCGUGUGCCACCACCAGCUAAUCCUGCUGACCAAAACCCUCCUUGCAACACUUUAUACGUUGGUAACCUUCCACCUGAUGCUACUGAGGCUGAGCUCAGGACAUUGUUCUCCCCUCAGAAGGGUUUUAGAAGAUUGUCCUUCAGAACGAAGAAUCAGUCUUCUAGCUCUAGCUCUAGCUCAUCUUCUCACAACCACGGUCCUAUGUGUUUCGUUGAGUUUGAAGACGUGGCUCAUGCCACCAUUGCAUUGGCUGAAUUGUACGGGAGAGCUUUGCCUAGACCAAACGGCAGCAAUGGCAAAGGCGGUAUCAGAUUGUCUUUCUCAAAGAAUCCCUUGGGAGUCAGAGGUCCUGGAAAUCCAAGAAGGUCAUCUUCCCAGCAGGGCUCCAACAGCGGUACCAACAACAGUGUUGGUAACUUUGGCUACCAAAACUUUCAUUAA